UGCUAGAGUGUACGUCGUGCGCCCCGUAGUCGGCGGUCGGCUGGAUGGCAGAGAUGGUGGUAGGAUUGUUCCGCUGCAUUGUCGGACCGAAGCUACGCCGAGUUCACCGUGGCGCUGACGGCUCGGAGGGAUUCUACUAUCAACCGAAGAUCCUGGAGAGGCAUUCUGACAGCAUCCUGGGAUGGGCGUAUGUCCUCUGGUCGGUCUCCUACUACACGUCUCCUUUGUUGCUGCUGUACUUCUACAGGAAAGGUUAUAUUGUUAUGUCUAAGAUCAUUCCAGCUACUCCAUAUGCAAGUGCUUUCCUGCUCUUUCUCACGGGCGUGGCCUGUCUCCGAGGUAUGGGCAGAUGGACCAAUCCUGAGUACGUGCAGUUCAUCACCAUUCUGGCCGAAACUAAGAGAAACAACACAGAGGAGAACAAGAGGAAGUUGGCCUCCUACAGCUUCGACUUUGAUCACUGGCCGGUCGACUUCUCCUGGAGUGAUGUAACGAGUCAGAAGGGUGGGAACGUGAGGAAGGGUGGGGUUCCCCUCCUGAAGCCAGAACACAAGUACCGAGGGACGGUGGACAGCGUGAUUGACAAUGUCCUGGGCCUCCCCUGCCAGAUUAUCAGCUACUUGGUCGCUAAAUCGUUUGGCCGUCGGAUGCUGUACCCUGGUUCGGUGUCGCUGCUACAGAAAGCCAUCAUGCCCAUGUUACUGCAGGGACAGGCUCGACUGAUGGAAGAGCACCAGGGUAAGCGAGCCAAGCUGAUCUCCUGCGACGGGAACCAGAUCGACACGGUGUUCUUGGACCGGAGGGCAGCAGGCACAGAGAACGGAAAGAAGCUGGUGGUCUGCUGUGAGGGCAACGCUGGUUUCUAUGAAGUCGGGUGUGUCAGCACUCCACUGGAAGCUGGCUAUUCAGUCCUCGGAUGGAAUCACCCCGGGUUUGCAGGCAGCACGGGCGUACCCUUCCCCCAGAACGAGGCCAACGCCAUGGAUGUGGUGAUACAAUAUGCAAUCCAUCGCCUCAACUUCCGCAUCGAGGACAUCAUCCUGUACGCCUGGUCGAUUGGUGGAUUCACAGCGACCUGGGCCACAAUGAACUACCCAGAGAUCCGUGCCCUCAUCCUGGACGCGUCCUUUGAUGACCUUGUCCCCCUUGCCCUGAAGGUCAUGCCAGAGAGCUGCCGAGGUCUCGUGACUCGAACAGUUCGCGAUUACUUGAACCUCAACAAUGCAGAUCAACUGUGCAAAUUCCAGGGUCCCGUGGUGCUGAUCCGACGUACCAAGGAUGAAAUCAUUACCACGAUUCCAGAUGAUGUCAUGUCCAACCGAGGCAACAAUCUCCUGUUGAGGCUCCUCCAGUUCAGGUACCCCAAGGUGAUGGGAGAGGAAGGAGUUCAGGUGGUGCGAGAGUGGCUGAGCACUACAAAUGCCCUCCAAGAGACUGCGUUCUACAGUCGGUAUGAGUUAGAUGACGACUGGUGCACGUCGGUCUUACAGUCCUACAGAUCAGAGCAUGGCGAUGUAUUCCCCUGGACUGUCGGGGACGACAUGACUUCAGAAGGAAGAAGGCAGCUGGCGAUAUUUCUGGCACGCAAGUACAUGAGGAAUUUUGACGCCACGCACUGCACCCCGUUACCAGCCUCUGAGUUCACGUUGCCCUGGAAUUUGUAGCAGGAGGUCAGCAAUGGGCAACAGGCAGGUCUGAGGAGAUCCCGAGGGAGCCGCGCGGACAAGGAGACUUGUGGGAUCCCCCUUUGCCUGCUCACUCCCCCCACCCCAGGAUGAAGAGAGAUUGGGUGUUCCGUUGUCACAGAGCUGUUGACCGCUGGCGAGGGUGCAGUCUGUCCGUCUCCUCCGUAUUCCUUCUUGUUCCUGUUGCGGAUGGGAGGAGACCGCCUGGUUCUCACUCGGCUGUGCAUUGCUCAAGUCACUUGGAAUGUGAUCUGUGGAGUUCUCUCUCCCCCCCCCCCCACCCCACCAUUUCCACCCCCUUCCACUGCCUUUGGUGUCCUGUACCCUGUCUCUCUCUUCCCCCCCCCUCCUCCUGGUUUCCUUGUGCCUCUACCCCAGCAGUAACUGCAGAGAAUGUGCUAAUGGUGGGGUAGGGCUAUUUGAUGAGGUGUCAUCCACUGCCAAUUUCUUCCAAGCCCCUCCCUUUCCUCCUUUCCCCACCGCCCUUCACACUCGCACUUGCACGCACACACACACACUCACACUCUUCUGCCUGGAAAGAAGAGAAGCAAGGCCAACAGGUUCUAUCUUUACUGAUACUCCCUGAUCAGCUGUGCCUAUUCUAGCAAUCUAUUUCAGAUUUCCACCAUCUGUAGUGUUUUUGGAGUUUUCAUUUGGAAUGGGGGCUCCCCCUUUUUGAUGCCUGCCCAGUAACCCCUCUUCCCACCCCCCUCAAUGCCAAAAAGCAAGACCUGCCCUUCUGUGGCCCCACGCUUCCAGCUGCCUUUUAGAGAUAGACUCUUUGCCCAAGGCCCAGUUGCUGCUGAUGUGGUUUCUGUGUGUGAGGAAAGUCCUGAACUAAUUAAAAGUCCAUCUUUCCUCUUCACACCCCUGCACCCGUCCCAGUUCGGAAGAAACCGGGAAGAGAUAGGUUGGGAAGGGGUGUUGGUAGGCUGAUCACCCCCAUCCCGGUCCGAUUCCCCAACAAUCAGAGUCUCACUAUGCACUUUGUACUGACUGCUCCAUCAUUAGGGCUGCGGGAAGCAGUUUCCCACACCUCCGCGCUAGAGCUCUCCCACUGUUUCUUUGUUAGGAGUCAAACGCAGUUCUUUCAGGAGCCCCCAAAUUGGUGCAGAGUUGCCCAGAAACAGUGCCUUGGUUUGUCACUCUCAGCUGGGCAGCAUUCAUGGGGAUAGAAGGUGUUUUCAGCCCUGGGCAGAAGUGGAACUUGUUAUUCCUGGUGGGGAGAAGGAUUCUUCACAAAUCCACUACAUGCUCCGAUGGUCCAGAAUCUCAUUCCCCCUCAUAUAUCUCUGUGGAUCCUCUCUUGUCCCACCUCCCGGGUAUUAGGAUGGGACACCUUGCAUUCUCUUGUCCCACAAGGAAAGAGGGGUGACAGUGACCUCCUCCCUGUCCCCACCCUGCACAUCCAAGCAUCUACUUCCCUCUGGACGACUAGACGCUAUCUCACCUCCUCGGGAUGGAACCAAUAGAGAGGGCUUUUGAACUGCCUCCCCACCAGUUCAAGGGAUCUUCCCUUGUAGUUGUCACAUGACCAGCCACUGUCGUGACGCGGAGCUUCUCAGUGACUUGCUGGUGGUGGAACUGUUCAGAGACAGUGGGCCAGCUUGUCCACCUCUCUGGUGAAGAGCAUGUUUGCACAUAGGUUGGGGCAGGGAGGUAGUGGUGUCCUGUCCACCCACCUGGUGCAGAGCCUCUCAGGGUUGGGUUCGGGCCUUAAUGACUCCUGUGUGCAGGCCCUGCUCGGUUCAGGACAGCGUUCUGACUGGAGUGCGACUGCCAGCCCGGCUCAGAUGCCCCCAUCUGCCCACUUUGAAUGGAGGAGGGGGUGAGGGGAGAGAUGAGGCACAUUCCCACCUGCCAGAAGCUGCCCGUAGCCCUGCAGCGGUGGCAAAUCCGUCCCGGAUGCUCGCACGGGGUAUCCGUAAAUCGGGUGUUAACCCGGGGGGUGCCUGUAUUGGAAAUAUAAUUAGACUCUCCUCCUGCUCCUGCUCAAAGCUGCUCUGUCAGAUAACGGCUGAGGUAACCUUUGAUUGCACUUUUCCUCCUUGUUCCUGUAACCCUUGAAUUCAGGUAGAAGGAGGCUUUCUUUCUGGGAGAGGAGCGCAGGGGCUGAGAGUAAUUUUCCGGUCAGCUUCUCGAUGCCCUCUGCCAUUUGGUCAUAUAUGUGCCCUUUGAUUGAUUUUUCGAGAGUUGGGGUGUGUUCGGAAUUGGGUGCCCUUGAGAAUCUGGGCGUAUGUCCCUUCCUCGACGAGCUGCUGUCCUUCAGGUGGGGGUCCACUCGCAGAGCUGCUGGUCGGGACUCGGGAGCGGCCCGUGAGGGAGAUGUGAUUUACAUAGUGAGCAGCAGGUGGGUAGGAGCACUGCCUCUCGGUUCGAUUCUGGUCGCCUCCGCUGUCUGGGUGUGGAGUCCGCGUGCUCUCCUUUCUGACCACGUAGAUGAUGUGCUAAUUGCAAUUCAGCAUCUUUAGUCUGAAGACUUUAGACCCUUCAUCAGGACUAGAAGGUGUGUGGAGGGGAAUGAGUACAAGCUGGCACGUGCUAGGUGAGGCCAAGUGUGAGGGGAAGUGGGUGGAGGAGGGGUAUAGUGUGAUAAGCUGGGAGGUGAGAGAUGGAAGGAGUAAAGGAAUGCCGAGAGGUGAUAGGUGAGAACAGUGAACCAUGUCAGAAAGGGAAGGAGGAGGUGGGGUUUCCAGCAUUUCGUGUGUUUUUCCUCAGAUUUCCAUCAUUUUGCAGAAUCUUGUGUUCACAUGUUACUUAGAAGAUGAAUUAACUCCCGUGGGUAGAUGAGGGGUAGAUUCUUGACUGUUAAUGGUUUAAUUGAGUACCAGAGCAACUUAGUCCUGAUGAAAGGUCUUGGCCCGAAACCUUCACUCUGUUCCCCACCUUUUCCAUUGGUGCUGCCUGAUCAGCUGAGCAUCUCCAGCGUUUUGCGUGUGCUGCACUGGAGCACUUUGACAGUAAUGUGGCAAGAAACACCAAGGAUCAGGAUCUGGAAGCCCUGUUAUCCCAAAGGGCUUCCUCGGGCUGCAGUUUGGGAACACGCUUCUGAAUCAGCGAUCCAACUCCAGUUAGGGCGCGCAUGUCCUCCCCGGGUUACGGCAGGUCCCCGUGAUCCGGACAGCUCACCGUCAGCACAGCCACAAGCCGGCUGAAGAUGCCCCGUCAGCCUCCCAAAACCGCUACACCUGCAUUCCAGAACACACCCACGUCAUUACUUCAGAUGCACAGCCUGGACGGAAACCAUCUUCCCUCAAGUCCAGUUUUCAUUUUGACUGUGACCCUGUGGCUUUGGUGUAAUAUCUACCGCUUUCUGUGGGGCAGAAGUCUGUCUUUUGAAGGGUUCAUUUGAGACUUUCAAUCAAUAGGUACAUUUAAAGCCAGAGAAAUGUAUACAAUAUACGUUCUGAAAUACUUUUUCUUCGCAAACAUUUGCAAAUAAUUUAAUGAUAUUCUUGACCCUCUUCUCACCAAAUGUACUUUUUUUUAAAAAAGAAUGGUCCCGGUGAUUUUGUUAUCAAUACUGUAAAUGAUGCUAUUUAAUUUUUUGAAGCUGCUCACUGGGUGACUGUCUCUGCAUGUUGGGGUGAGGGGGAGUGUACCUUCUGGGAUUGUUUUAUAUCAAGUUCACAGUCUGUUCCAUUUCCUGGCAACGCUGAGGAAAAAUAUCGUGCAAGAUCGUUUCCUGCUCCCGUCCAACCGAGUGUAUGUUAAAGUGUGCCGCCGGACUUAUCGUGUUGUUCUAGUGUUUGAGCUGGGGAAGGGAAGAAAAUAAAAAGUAAUCAUAAUUAAAGAUAUUUACCUGUUCCUUCCAUGUACGGCAAAGAUCACAAUGAUUAAAACUGGUGGUUUAGUGUG